GCUAUAUUAUCACCGGCAACCCUGGCUGCAGGGUUCGGCUGCGGAAGCUUCUCUGGAGCAUUACUGGAUGCAAGGCGCAUUGGAGAUAUUUGGCCGAGAACUUAGGAUACAAGGCGGUGUGGAUUCUGGCUGCUGAAGAUGGGAUCGCAGAAUCCGUCUUGGUGCUUCAGCAUCACCGUGUUGAGCGUCUUCAGUUCAGCGUUGGCUGCCAGUAGCUAUAAUUGUGACAGCCCUCUUGUGUCCGUGCUGCCCCUGGCGUCUUUCGAGAGUUCAUCGCACUCAUCAGAAAACCACUCCCCGCGUUUCGCCAAACUCAACAGAAGAGAUGGAGGGGGAGGCUGGGCCCCGCAGCGGACAGACAGGAGCCAGUGGCUGCAGGUGGACCUACGGGACAGGAUGGAGGUCACAGGCGUGGCCACACAGGGGUGCUACGGCAGCUCGGACUGGGUCACCAGCUACAUGCUGCUGUUCAGCGACAUGGGGAAGUCCUGGAAGCAGUACAGGCAGGAGGACGGGGUCGGGACUUUCCAAGGGAACACCAAUGCGGAUGGGGUGGUCCACCACAAGUUCUCGCACCCUAUCAGGACCCGCUUCCUCCGCUUUGUUCCCUUAGAGUGGAGCCCCAGUGGAUGGGUGGGGCUGAGGGUGGAGACCUACGGAUGCACAUACAAGUCAGACGUGGCGGACUUCGAUGGCAGAAGCUCCCUGCUGUAUCGAUUCAACCAGAAGUCCAUGAGCACGGUGAAGGACGUCAUCUCGCUGAGGUUUAAGAGCCAGCAGGGGGAGGGCGUGCUGGUGCAUGGAGAGGGCCAGAGAGGCGAUUACAUCACCCUGGAGCUACACCGGGGCAAGCUAGCCCUGCACCUAAACCUGGACGACGCCAAGCAUCACUCCAGCAGCGGCCACAUGUCAGUGAUGCUGGGCAGCCUGCUGGACGACCAGCACUGGCACUCGGUGCUUAUUGAACGCUUCAACCGCCACGUCAACAUCACCGUGGACAAGCACACGCAGCAUUUCCGUGCCAAGGGCAAUGACGACUCGCUGGAGGUCGACUAUGAGCUCAGCUUUGGGGGAAUCCCACUGCCCGGCAAGCCAGGCACCUUCCUAAGGAAGAACUUCCACGGCUGCAUGGAGAACCUGUACUACAACGGGGUCAACGUUAUCGACCUGGCCAAGCGGCGCAAGCCGCAGAUCUACAGUGUGGGCAAUGUGACGUUCUCCUGCUCGGAGACGCAGACGAUGGCCAUCACCUUCCUGAGUUCCAGUGGCAGUUUCCUAUUCCUCCCCAUGGAGCCUGCCUUCGAGGGCCUGUCCAUCCGCUUCCAGUUCCGCACCUGGAACCGAGACGGGAUGCUGCUGUCGACCUUGCUCGCUCGCGGCUCGGAACGAGUGGUCCUGCAGAUUAGGAAUGGCCAUCUCCACCUCUCACACCAUCCCUCAGCUAUGCAGAAGUCAGAAAUCUCCACUGGUGAUCGUCUGAGUGAUGGACUCUGGCACACAGUGACUCUUAGUACCAGAGGGCUGCAGCUACAUUUGACCCUGGACAAUGACCCGGCAUUAACCAUGGACCUGGGAGAUCAUGUUGACUCAGGCAGCAGCUUCUUCUUUGGAGGUUGCCCUUCGGCUCCAAACAGCCUUGGUUGCAGGAAUCCCACUCUAGCUUUCCAGGGCUGCAUGCGUCUUAUCUCCAUCAACAACCAGCCGCUGGAUUUAUUCCGUGUGCAGCGAGGCAUGCUGGGUAACUACAGCGAGCUGCAAAUUGACGUCUGUGGCAUUCAAGAUAGAUGCCUGCCCAGCUUCUGUGAGCACGGAGGCCGGUGCUCACAGUCCUGGAGCACCUUCCACUGCGACUGCUCUGGGACAGGAUACACUGGAGCCACCUGCCACAACUCGAUCUAUGAACCAUCAUGUGAAGCCUACAUGCAUGCAGGGAGUACCUCAGGCUACUUCUCCAUCGACCCAGAUGGGAGUGGCCCCCUGCUGUCCACCCUAGUGUACUGCAAUAUGACAGAGGACAAAGUCUGGACAGUUGUCACCCACAACAACACAGAACUAAUAAAAGUACAAGGGUCCACACUGCAAAAGCCCCAUGUCAUGCGAUUCAACUACAGUGCCUCAAGUGAACAGCUGCGAUCCCUGGUAACUAUGUCUGAGCAAUGUCAACAGGAAGUGGUCUACCGCUGCAAGAAGUCCCGCCUCUUCAACACAUGGGAUGGCGCCCCCAUGUCCUGGUGGGCGGACAGAAGUGGGGAGAGGCGCACCUACUGGGGGGGCUUCCUGCCCGGGGUGCAGCAGUGCUCCUGCAGUUUGGAGGAGAACUGUAUCGACAUGAACUACUUCUGCAACUGCGACGCUGACAGGGAUUCAUGGGCAAAUGACACAGGGCUUCUCUCCUACAAGGACCAUUUGCCAGUGAGUGAAAUUACGAUUGGAGACACAAAUAGGACAGGAUCAGAAGCUCUCUACAGAAUUGGAGCUCUGCAUUGUUAUGGGGACAGGUUUUUCUGGAACGCGGCAUCAUUUUAUCAGGAGUCGUCAUACCUUCACUUCCCCACUCUCCAAGCAGAGCUCAGCACUGACAUCUCCUUCUACUUCAAGACCACCGCACCCUUUGGAGUUUUCCUCGAGAACUUGGGAGUGAGAGACUUCCUCCGGGUGGAGCUCAGCUCACCGUCCACCGUGACAUUCGUUUUCGACGUGGGGAACGGCCCCGUGGUCCUGCUGGCCAAGUCACCCGUCCCCCUGAAUGAUAAACAGUGGCACUAUGUGAGAGCGGAGCGCAACGUCAAGGAAGCCUCACUGCAGGUGGACCAGCUGCCGCUGCGAUACACUGAAGCGCCCUCCGAUGGCCAUUUCCGGCUGCAGCUCAACAGUCAGCUGUUCAUAGGCGGCACAGCAUCCCGGCAGAGAGGCUUUCUGGGAUGCAUCCGCGCGCUCACCGCCAACGGCAUCACUCUGGACCUGGAGGAGCGUGCCAAGAUGACGCCUGGCGUGAGCGCCGGCUGUCCGGGCCACUGCAGUGGCCACGGCAACCUGUGUCACAACCGCGGGCGGUGCGUGGAGAGGAACGGCGGCUAUUUCUGCGACUGCACAUAUUCGGCUUACGGCGGACCAAGUUGUAAGAACGAGGUGUCCAUGUCUUUCGAGAGCGGUUCCUCUGUGACCUACAACUUCCGAGAGCCCUUCUCUAGCAUGAUCAACAGAAGCAUCCAGACUUCUGCCAUCUAUGCCCAGAACAGGAUCUCCCGGGAGAAUAUGGCCCUCAGCUUCCGUACCACGCAGACGCCGGCUAUGCUGCUCACUGCCAGCACCGUCUACCAGCAGUACAUGGCUAUCAUACUGGCCCGCAAUGGGAGCCUGCAGAUCUGGUACAGGUUCAAUAGGGAAAGGAAGCCAGACGUGUUCACGCCCACAACGACCAGCCUGGCCAAUGGGCAGCUCCACUGGGUGCGAGUGCAUCGUGAUGGGCGGGACGUCUACAUUCAGAUUGAUAAUGAUAUAAACCAAAAAUACAGCCUGACAUCCGAGGGAGACUUGAACGCAAUUAGAUUUCUGACUUUGGGCAAAGUCACAGGAAGUCUGGGAUUGGACGAAGACGUCAUGCAGGCUGGAUAUAGAGGCUUCAUUGGUUGCCUGUCUUCAGUCCAGUUCAACAAUGUGGUCCCGCUGAAGGCGGCGCUGUUGAAUCAAGGCAGCUCAUUGGUCAGCAUCCGAGGGCGCCUCUUCGAGUCGAACUGCGGGGCCUCAGCUGACAUGACGACGUCUCACUCCCUGGCUGAUCAUUCAGAGAAAGCUGAGAGAGGCAAGGAGUUGCCAAAAAACUCGCAGAGUGAUUCGGCCGUAAUCGGAGGCGUGAUUGCAGCUGUGAUCUUCAUCACUAUCUGCGUGGGAGCAGUUGUGACGCGCUUCCUGUACCAGCAUCGGCAAGCACAACAGCUGGCUGCAGUCAAGGAGAAGGAGCACCGGCGUGCCCUUGAGUCAGCUUACCGCGCAGAACUGGACCUUCAGAACUCUGUCCGCAGCACCAGAAAGGAAUACUUCAUCUGAAACGCUGCUGCCGCCAAGUACUGCCCCGAGCCUUUCCUGAUGUCACCCCGCCUGUCUCCCGUUUUGUCGACCUGCUGACCCGGAACGAGGUGCAUGGCCCCUGGAGAAGAAGUGACUGUGGCGUUCCGUACGUUUUUCUGGCUUCUCAGUGUAAGCACUCUCUCCCUGGGAAUUCUGGGAAGAGUAAGCACCCCUCUGACUGUUGUAAACGUGUAGGUAGCCUGGUAGGACAAGAGGAGUAGCUGCUUAGAUGUAUAGGUUGUUGACAAAAGAGGGAGUGGAAAAGAUUGGGCGUGGGCCCGGGGCUAAUUAACUAUGUUUUUAAAUAGGUCUCAAAUGGCGUACGUGUUUAUCAUCUUGUGAUUCAAGUGAGUUGAGAGCCUCAAAAGUUCAAAAGGCCAAGUUAAACAUGCAAGUCCACUGUUGCACUGUCCUUCCUGUCCAGUACUCCCAGAAGAAGCCCACAGGACAGGAAAGAAACUGUAAUCUAAAACCUGAAACUGAUCUGUGGCUCAGUAAAUCAUGUGGUCCACAAGGUGCAUGGGAGAAUUAGUUCCUGUGAGGUAUAGCUGCUGCCAGGUCGGUCCCCGUUGGUUGUUUGUCCGCCAAACGGGCACUAUGAACACCUACACGUGCACGUUAGCAGAUGUGCAUUUGCCCACACGUAGGAGUGGCAAAACAGCUUUGAUAGUGUGGGUUCUUCAAUAGUGUGAGGUUUCAAUAAUAGCGUUGAGUUUUGUAUUUCUUCAGGUGUGUCGCUGCCUUACUAGUCAUCAUGUUUGCGCAGGUCACGCAUAUUACGACAAUGUCAAUCCUCGCAUUAUUUUUGCCACCAGUCACCUGCAACCAUAAACUCACGAUACGGAAUCCAGGGUCUUGAUGCUAGCCCCUUUGCACACCGUGUAUCAGUCAGGACCACAGGCCACGUAAUUGACCAGUCUUGCAUGAAAUACUCACGAGUACCGCAAUCACCAAAACUCUUAAAGCAUACUUUUGUGUUCUUUUGUGUUCUCGAACCCUCGCAUAUACACUGACAGUCACAACGAUCUACUAUGUAGUAUAAGGAAAGCUAUAUUAAUAAACCCCAGUUAAGUUGCUUCAGGAGAAACAACACAUUCUCGUGCAUACUGCUGAAUUUCUUGCAGUUGCAAAGCCUGAUACUCAGAUACCCAUGAAACUGCAGUAUCUAGCAGCGCUUCGUCUCAGUGCAGGCCAGUGCUUAAUGUGUGCCGGAUCCUGCCAGAACGUGUUCCGGAAGCUCUGUGUUUCUGACUGUCGGCAUUAUCAUUACUAUUUGUGCAGGUCUGACACUUUUCUGGUAAAUAAAAUAAAGAUUAUGUAUUUAUUUUAUGUAUUUUAAUUUUACAGACCAAUUUGUCUGCAAUAUCAUGUGCUUUAUGAGUUUAGAUUUCUUCUAAAAAUACAUAGCAUGUUUUCAGCACCACGGUUGGGGCCUGCGCCCGCUUCGUGGCCAAAAGUAUUACAGUAUGAAAUCUUCAGAGAGACUCUUCAGAGAAGGUGCACUACAAUUUACAUUAUUUUUUGCCUGCCAAUGACUUCCCGAGUUCCCUCUGCACUCAUCUCCUGAAUAUUUAUUAACAUUCCCAUUAUUUAGCAAUUUCCUGUUGCCUAAAUACUACCAAAAUUCCGUAUAUGUCAUUCCCGUACCUUGAUCGACGAGUCACUUAUUCCUCCCCCUUGUUUACACCAAAUUUAUAUUCAGUGUACUUAACAAAAACAAUUUUAAGGUUUCAUGCAACAUAACUGAAAUAUCUAAGAAAUUGAGAUAAUAUGUAAUGACAUCCUUAUGCAUGGAGUAAAUAAUGCAAAACUCUAGGACAGUUACAUCAGGAUAGAAAUGACUAUAAUGUCAGUAAAAGGACAAUGAGAAGUCUCUCUCUCAGACAUCACAAGCGAGAAGGAUACAUCAAACAAGCACUUUUCAACUCUCUAAAUAUCCUUACAAAAGCAAAUAGAUUAAGAACGUUUCUUCAGAUGUUUCAAAGGGAGUCCUUGCUUAUUUUGAAUUCUAAAUUCUCUGUUGAAGCUUUCACUAAACUUCAAGGCAGGAAUCUGUCAAGAGGCAUACCCUUGGUCAUCAUGCACCUAUCUAUAUAUAUAUAUAUAUAUAUAUAUUCAAAAUACUAUUUUUGAUAAAAUGUGUUCUUCAUCUCACUGACCGGAUGAUCCUUUGCACUUUUGAAAUGAACCAUUAAAAUGACUAAUUGCUAGUAAUCAUUCGAAUCAUAUUUCUUAGGUUCACUCACUGUAAUGAACACACAGGAUGCACAACCAGAUGCUCAUUUUAUUUUACUAAGUUUGCUUGCAUUAUAUCGGUAACUGUAUGGCUAACAUUGCAUUAACUACCGUGUUGUUUUAUAUAUCGUAAUGAAUACAAAACUACUGCAAAAGUGAUUUUACUAGUUUACGCAUUUCCGGUCCUUAAGGCAGGGUUUCAGUCCUGAAGUAUUUGAAAGGUAAAAUAAUCUUUAAAACAUAUAUGUGGUAUGUAAAAUCUCGUUGAGGUAGGACUUUAUUAUAGAAUCUGCUCUUAAUGAGGUGACAUUCUCUUAGAAUAAUCCAAUGACCAGAGUGCACAUAAAACUGAAAUAAUAGAUGUAAUAAAUAAUUUAUUUUUACGGGGCAUUUCUGCAAGUAUCAUAUAUCUUUCUUUGCUUGUUUAUAAAUGUUUGUUCAUUUUUGUUAGUUCAUUAAUUAAGGUCUGUUCUUGUUCCUUAAGUACUAUGUUAAGUGGUUUAUAUAAAUCAGAUGGUAUAAUAGUGAAUAUUGUACUGCUUUGAAGAAUGUGUCUAGUCAUCAUCCCUGAUAUGUCUGAUCUUCAUAUUGCAGGACACGGCUUAUAAUCCUGUUCAAAAAAAAAAAAAAAAAAAAACAGACGUUGAUAAUUUUUGUCUUUUUCUGAUAUUUAAAAACAAAUUUAAGAACCAUUGGUAAACAGGUAGUACAAUGAAACAGUGAGACGUAGGGGGAUGGUGGCUAGUUCUGCAUACUGUCCUUAUUAACGGACCACUAGGUACAGAAUGUUUUCUGUGGUUCCCUAGAUUUCAUGAAAGUAAAGAACAAGAUCAGAGUUUAUCCUUUACUUCAAAGGCGCACGAAGCCGACAAGCUAUUCUCAUUCACAUACUCAAAGUUUUUUUUUUCUAAAAGAUUUUUUUUAGAGAAUUUUGAAAGACAAAAACAGAAAUAUCGUGUUGCUCUGUCUCCAGGGGCUCGCUGCGGAUCGGGUCUAAAGCCAGCGAUCGGCUUCAAAGCCCUGCUCCUUCUCCGGCGACACAGCGGUGGCCUCCGCGCUAACGCUGAGGCUCAGGCCGCUCACACGUUUGCGGACGAGCCACCAGAGCUGCUGAACUUUCAGGCCACUAGACCCGCAGAAUCACAAGGGCCAGGCCCUGAAAAUACCUGCAUUCUCCACCCUCUGUCACUGAUAGGUGGCUUCUUUCUCAUUGAGCGCGCGCACACACACACAUACACACACACUCACACAAAGACUCACACAUAAACAUGAGGACAGCUACAGUAGCGACCUAUUGCCUGAAUACCUGCUUUUGAAGUGCAUUAUGUUCUUUAAAUCUUGUUUGUUUGACCUCUGGAAUUAUCCUGUUUAUUACUUUCAAUAUUUCUUUAUAUUGAUAUGAAUACUUUUGAGUUUGUUUUAUAUGGCUAUAAUUGUACAGGUAUAUUGUAAAUAGAUGUA